GAGUUGUUAGAGCUAACAUUAGUUUGUGGUGGCAGGUCGUAUGAUUCAAUACGUUUCAGUUUUUUAUACUCGUUUGUAGGGAAAAUAAGUAAUAAACUGGAAAAUAAAAUAUAUUAAAUUAAAUUAAAAUACCAUCAAAUAAAUGUAUGUUUUAUAAAUCAUACAUUAACAUUUAAACAAAAUAAAGAAUAUUAAUAAAUAAAACUAAUUAGUUACAAAUUGUAACAAAAGAAAUCGACGUACAAAAUAUCAAAUAAACCAGACCAGCCAGCUGAUAUUCACAAUUGCACAAACAUUUCCAAGUUUUCUUCCACAGUACAACCAAAAUACCAACCGUUAAAACAUUUCAAGACAUCGUCCUCCGUAAAAUAAAAAUAAUAUUCGCCAAAAGUAAUAAUAAUGUCUGCCGUACCCGUAGAAAAGUCUAAACGUUUGGGACGUUGGUAUUUCGGUGGUUUGGCCAGCGCUGGCGCUGCCUGUUGUACCCAUCCCCUUGACUUGAUCAAAGUCACCCUACAAACUCAACAGGGAAAAUUGUCCGUAGUACAAUUAACAGCUAAAGUGGUGAGAGAGCAGGGUGUAUUUGCUCUCUAUAAUGGCUUGUCUGCCUCUGUCUUGCGUCAAAUGACCUAUUCCAUGACACGUUUUGGCAUUUAUGAAGUGGGUAAGCCCUACAUUAACACUGACACCUUCCUCGGCAAAAUUACUUUGGCCGGUUUGGCUGGUACUUUCGGUGGUAUUGUGGGUACCCCUGCUGAUAUGGUUAACGUCCGCAUGCAAAACGAUGUUAAAUUGCCUCCAGAGCAGAGAAGAAAUUACAAGAAUGCUUUGGAUGGUCUUAUUAAGGUUUAUCGCCAUGAAGGUUUCAAACGUUUAUUCUCAGGUGCUACUACUGCCACUGGAAGAGGUGUAUUAAUGACAAUUGGUCAAGUUGCUUUCUAUGAUCAGAUUAAAACCAUGCUUUUGGAGACUCCUCACUUUGAUGAUAAUUUGGUUACACAUUUCACCGCAUCUUUGGCUGCCGGUGCUAUUGCCACAACUUUAACACAACCUUUGGAUGUGUUAAAGACUCGUAUGAUGAAUGCCAAACCAGGCGAGUUUAAGGGUCUCUGGGAUAUUGUUAAAUUCACAGCUCGUUUGGGUCCAUUGGGCUUCUUCAAGGGCUAUAUUCCAGCCUUUGUGCGUUUAGGCCCACAUACGAUCAUAACUUUCGUAUUCCUUGAACAAUUGCGUUUGAAUUUUGGAGCUCUGCCACCCAGCAAACAAAUUAAUAUUGUAUUCCACAUGAAAAGCGAAAAACGGAUAAAUCGUUGGUAUUUCGGUGGUAUAUCCAGUGCUACAGCAGUGGGUGUUACACAUCCUCUGGACUUGAUAAAAGUCCAUUUGCAAACACAACAACUGCCCAAAAAGACGUUAGUUCAAACAAUAAGUCAUAUUUAUGCUGCAGGAGGUCUGAAAGGAUUCUAUCGCGGCAUGUCAGCAUCUCUAGUACGACAACUAACUUAUACAACAACACGUUUUGGUAUCUAUGAAUCGGGUAAACAAUAUAUUGAUGUCCGUAAUAUAGGUCAAACUUUGGCUUUAGCCAUUACGGCCGGUGUUUGCGGGGGAGUAGUGGGUGUACCGACCGAUAUGGUGAAUGUUCGUAUGCAAAAUGAUUCAAAACUGCCUAAGGAAAAACAAAGAGGUUAUAAACAUGUGUUUGAUGGAUUGUAUCGUGUGACAAAAGAAGAAGGCAUUCAAGCACUUUUCAGAGGUGGUUCGGCGGCUGUCUCACGAGGUGUAAUGAUGACAAUUGGACAAAAUGUUGUCUAUGAUUAUUUGAAACGUUUUCUUUUGAGUACAACAUAUUUUAAAGACAAUUCUCCCACACAUUUUCUUACCUCUCUCAUAUCGGGAGGAGUUGCAACUCUUUGUACUCAACCUCUGGAUGUAAUGAAAACCCGUCUUAUGAAUGCGAAACCCGGUCAAUAUUCUGGAUUGCUGGCUGUAGCAAAAGAUAUAGCAAAUGUUGGACCAAUGGGAUUUUUUAAAGGUUUUAUUCCGGCUUUUGCUCGUAUAGGUCCCCAUACAAUAUUAACAUUUCUUAUGAUGGAGCAAUUGCGUUUACAUUUUGGAUAUUUUCCCCCAAAUACUUCGUCGUAGCUGC